CUCCGCCGGGCGCACGGGGGAUCAGCUGGCGGGCGGGCUAGUUAGCGAGCGAGCGGGCGGGCGGGCGCCGAACGAGCCCCGGCUCAGACUGCAGCGCCGCCUCCUCUCCGCGUCGCAGGUCGGCCCGGCGGCCGUGACAAUGUUGCGGGGCUGGUAGCUGGGCUCCGGCCGCCGAGCCGUCUCAAGUUUAAACUUACACGAAUCGCUCUCUGGAGGAGGAGGGGACCCGCCGCGCGAUUGACACGCAUAUUCCUAUAGGCAUCCUCCCUCAGCCCCCACCCCCACGACCGGAUUCGGGUGGCUCCUCGCGGAGCUGAAAUCCGAGAAGAAAUCCUUAGAUCUCUUUUCUUUAAAAAAAAAAAAAUCUAGAAACCAUCGGCAUUUUGCUUUGCUGCUUCCUAUUUGCAAGAUGAAGAAGUUUUUCGACUCCCGACGAGAACAGGGUGGCUCUGGCCUGGGCUCGGGCUCCAGCGGAGGAGGGGGCAGCACCUCAGGCCUGGGCAGUGGCUAUAUCGGAAGGGUCUUUGGCAUCGGGCGACAGCAGGUCACAGUGGACGAGGUGUUGGCAGAAGGUGGAUUUGCUCUCGUGUUUUUGGUGAGGACAAGCAAUGGAUUAAAAUGUGCCUUGAAACGCAUGUUUGUCAACAAUGAGCAUGACCUCCAGGUGUGCAAGAGGGAAAUCCAAAUCAUGAGGGACCUGUCAGGACACAAGAACAUUGUGGGUUACAUUGAUUCUAGUAUCAACAAUGUGAGUAGUGGUGAUGUAUGGGAAGUUCUCAUUCUGAUGGACUUCUGUAGAGGAGGUCAAGUAGUAAACCUGAUGAACCAGCGUCUACAAACAGGCUUUACAGAGAAUGAAGUACUUCAAAUAUUCUGUGAUACCUGUGAAGCUGUUGCCCGCUUGCAUCAAUGCAAAACUCCUAUUAUCCACCGUGACCUAAAGGUUGAGAACAUCCUCUUGCAUGACCGAGGCCACUACGUCCUGUGCGACUUUGGAAGUGCCACCAACAAAUUCCAGAAUCCACAAACUGAGGGAGUGAAUGCUGUAGAAGAUGAAAUUAAGAAAUAUACAACGCUGUCCUAUCGAGCACCAGAAAUGGUCAACUUGUACAGUGGCAAAAUCAUCACUACGAAAGCAGAUAUUUGGGCUCUUGGAUGUUUGUUGUAUAAAUUAUGCUACUUCACUUUGCCAUUUGGGGAGAGUCAGGUGGCAAUUUGUGAUGGGAACUUCACAAUUCCUGAUAAUUCUCGAUAUUCUCAAGACAUGCACUGCCUUAUUAGGUAUAUGUUGGAACCAGACCCUGACAAAAGGCCGGAUAUUUACCAGGUCUCCUACUUCUCAUUUAAACUACUCAAGAAAGAAUGCCCAAUUCAGAAUGUACAGAAUUCUCCCAUUCCUGCAAAACUUCCUGAACCUGUGAAAGCCAGUGAGGCAGCUGCAAAAAAGACCCAGCCAAAGGCCAGACUGACAGACCCCAUUCCCACCACAGAGACUUCAAUUGCACCCCGCCAGAGGCCGAAAGCUGGGCAGACUCAGCCAAACCCAGGAAUCCUUCCCAUCCAGCCAGCCCUGACACCUCGGAAGAGGGCCACAGUUCAGCCCCUACCUCAGGCUGCAGGAGCCAGCACUCAGCCUGGCCUUUUGGCCAGUGUUCCCCAACCAAAAGCCCAACCCCCACCAAGUCAGCCUCUGCCACAGUCUCAGCACAAGCAGCCACAGGCUCCUCCCACUGCCCAGCAGAUGCCUUCCACCCAGGCCCAGGGUCUGCCCUCUCAGGCCCAGGCCACGCCCCAACACCAGCAGCAGCUCUUUCUCAAGCAGCAGCAGCAGCAGCAACAGCAGCAACCACCACAACAGCCACAGUCACAGCCACAACCACAGCAGCCACCACCACAGCAAGCAGCAGGCACUUUUUACCAGCAGCAGCAGCAGCAGCAGCAGCCACAGCAGCAGGCCCAGACUCAGCAGUUCCAAGCAGUACAUCCAGCAACCCAGCAACCAGCAAUCACUCAAUUCCCUGUUGCAUCCCAGGGAGGCUCUCAGCAGCAGCUGAUACAGAACUUCUACCAGCAGCAGCAGCAGCAACAGCAACAGCAACAGCUGACCACAGCCCUGCAUCAGCAGCAGCUAAUGACUCAGCAGGCAGCCCUGCAGCAGAAGACUGCUGUGGUGGCACCACAGCCCCAGGCCCAGCCAGCAGCGGCUGCACAGCCGGCUUCUGUGCAGGAAUCCACUAUUCAAGCCCCAGUAAGACAACAGCCAAAGGUUCAGACAACCCCACCUCCUACUAUCCAGGGACAGAAAGUUGGAUCUCUCACUCCUCCAUCAUCUCCCAAAACCCAGCGUGCUGGGCACAGACGUAUUCUCAGUGACGUAACCCAUAGUGCAGUCUUUGGGGUCCCUGCCAGCAAAUCAACCCAGCUGCUCCAGGCAGCUGCAGCUGAGGCCAGUCUCAAUAAGUCCAAGGGUGGGAACCUAUCUAGGUCUGCAACCACCACCCCAUCAGGCUCUCCUCGGACCUCGCAGCAAAAUGUCUAUAAUCCGUCCGAAGGUUCUACAUGGAAUCCCUUCGAUGAUGACAAUUUCUCCAAACUCACAGCUGAAGAACUGCUAAACAAAGAUUUUGCCAAGCUAGGGGAAGGCAAGCAUCCUGAAAAGCUUGGUGGCUCAGCUGAGAGUUUGAUUCCAGGUUUCCAGUCAACCCAAGGUGAUGCUUUUACAAACACUUCCUCGUUUUCUGCUGAAAAAAGGAAGGGUGGGCAGGCUGUGGAUUCUGGAGUCCCACUUCUAAGCGUGUCUGAUCCUUUCAUUCCACUUCAAGUACCUGAUGCACCAGAAAAAGCUGAUGUUGCUGUUGAGAGCCUCAUACCAGGAUUGGAGCCUCCAGUUGCCCAGCGCCUCCCAUCUCAGACAGAGUCUGUGACCUCAAACCGCACAGCUGCAGAAGAUAGUAAUCUCAUCUCAGGUUUUGAUGUCCCUGAGGGCUCGGAAAAGGUGGCAGAAGAUGAGUUUGACCCUAUUCCUGUACUGAUAACCAAAAACCCACAAGGUCUCCAGAGAGAGCCUAAUCCCUGCCCUGUAAUUACUGUAGAGCACUUUAAAGAAUCAACGGGCAUUAAAGGCCUUCCCCUGUAUCCAGACCCCUCCAGCGUACCUGGUGCAAAGACUCAGAACAACUUAGAAUCUGACUACUUGGCCCGAGAUGGUCCUUCAAGCAACAGCUCUUUCCACAGCAGUGAAGAGGAAGGGACUGACCUGGAGGGAGACAUGCUGGACUGCAGUGGGUCUCGACCUCUCCUCCUGGAGUCUGAAGAGGAAGAUGAGAGCUGUAGGCCUCCCCAGGGAAAGCUGGGAGGAGCCAUUCCCUUUACUCCAUCUGAAGUCUCUACUGAGCAAGGCAGAGUGGCACAAGGUGGAAGAAAGAAUCAGUUUCAGCCCCUCACACAGUCAACCACCGAUGUUCACAAUGAGCCAGAUGUUUUUGCCACAGCUCCCUUCAGGAGCUCAAGGAUUCCAACUGAUGACAUGGACAUUUUCUCCAAAGCGCCAUUUGUCUCCAAAGGCAAUGUGGCUUCUUCCCAGCCAGAGGAGGUGGACGUGUUCUUAAGAGCUCCUUUUACCAAGAAGAAAAGCAUGGAGGAGUUACCAGCUGUUCAGGCCUCCUCCCAGGAGCUGCCUGUCCCUGCAGGUCUCCUCAGUCAGACAGGUGAUGUUCCUCUUCUCUCAAGUCUUGAUAGAGCAGUAUACACCACUGUCCAAGCUCAGUAUUCCAUAGCUAGUUUUGUGCAACAAUCUAACCUCCCUUCCCAUCCUGUGCAAGCAGCAGACCAUCUUGACAGCAUUUCUCCCAGAGGAUCCUCCGUGGAAUCGGGGAGCCAUCCAAAUGACAGAAACAAAGGACCUCAACCCCACAAAGAAGCUGUCUCAAGCCCUGUGGCUGGCAAACCAUUCCGACCCCAAUCUUUAUCCAAAUAUUCUCGUCACUAUAGCCCAGACGACGAGCCAAGUCCAGAAGCUCAGCCCAUUGCUGCCUACAAAAUUGUCUCUCAAACCAAUAAGCAGUCAAUAGCUGGCUCUGUUUCCAUCACAUCCCUUUCCUCCAGGACUAUGGAGCUGCCCGCUUCUGAUCCUUUUGCGUUAGCACCCUUUCCUUCUAAAGCAGGCAAGCAGAAACCUUAGGA